AUGGCUACUGACAUACCGUCCGAUCAGCCUGAGGAAAUGCUCAGCUUCAGUCUACUAUCGCACCAGCCUACACACCUUGCUCCGCGGCUAGGGAGACUAUGCAGGGUCGGGCGCAAGCCAAUACUGACUCCGGGCUAUUUGCCCAUCACAUCAAGAGGGGUGCUACCACAUGUUAGCCACGAUAAUAUAAAAGAACAUAUGUCUAUAGGCAGUCUAUAUGUUGCUCUUGAAGAUUUCAUAGAAAGAAGCUCAUUGAAAGAAACACCUCCAAUAUAUACUACACCAGCUGGAAAGUCAGAGUCUGCUCUACGGAGGUUCCUCUCCUUCGAUGAUGAAUAUCUGCUGUUUCUUGGUCCCAGGAGGCUUCCUCCAGUCGCCACGGCAAACUCGAAUUCUGUCAAUUCAGUGACCAUUCUCACCUCAGUCGGGUACCAGCAACUGGAGGUGGAACAAUAUCAAAAUUCUAUCAAGUCGUUAAAACCAGAUAUUGCAAUUGGCCUGGCUGACGUGCUAGAUAGGCAGCCGGGUGUGAAAAGACGGGAGAAAAUGGUUGAUCGGACACACGCAUGGACGCAAUUGGCUAUAGACGUCUUGUUUAAACCUGCAGACAUAGGCAACCGACUUGCUGGAACCUCCUUUUUUGCACCAAUUCUCCCGCUUGAAAGGGAACGGCAAACUAUAUACUUGCGGGAUCUAGAGGAAGAAAUGGCCGAUGCGGUCUCUGGCUUUGCGAUAUGGGAUCCUUCAACAAUCGAGCUGGUCCCUCAAACACUGUGGCAUUUACCCCGACUGUCUCUUGGUGAACCAAACACCCCUCAGGAAGUACUCAGGGGCGUAUCACUUGGGCUAGAUCUUUCAGCAAUCCCAUUUAUCGGAACAGCGUCUGAUGCAGGACUCGCUCUUGAUUUUGUCUUCCCACAAUGGGCUGCUCAGGGAGAUGAAAACAAAUCGUCACCGUCUCCGUUGGCAGUUGAUAUGCUACUGCCCGUUCAUUCCAGCGACACUUCACCACUUGUCUCCGAUUGCCAGUGCUACACAUGCAAGACAUACCAUAGAGCCUAUCUCCGCCACCUGCUCAAUGCAAAAGAAAUGCUUGCUUGGACGCUGCUUCAGAUUCACAACCACGCAAUUAUGGAUAGAUUCUUUGUUGAUGUUAGAACAAGUAUUGAACGCGGAACAUUCGAAGAAGACGUAAAGUCCUUUGAACGCACCUAUAUGUCGGAGUUUCCCGAGCCCAGCGGACAAGGCCCAAGGAUGCGAGGUUAUCAAUUUAAAACCGGGCCGGGAGAAAAGCGCAAUCCAAAGGUCUUUGGACGCCUCGAUGGUGUUGCUGAAAAGCUGCUGGAGUCUCAGUCAUCUAUAGUUACUCCUGAUGCUGGGGCCGAGGAGCUCGAAGAACGUGGGUUUGCCGAAAAGAUAUAG